AUGAAAAUCCUUCAAAAGAAGAAAGACGUCAAAAAGGCUGUCUUGGGCCACAAGGUCAAGUAUGUCCUCGACUGCACGGCCCCUGCCAACGAUAACAUUAUAAAUACCGCUGGCCUGGAAAAGUUUUUGCAAGACCGCAUCAAGGUUGACGGAAAGACUGGCAAUUUGGGCACCAGCAUCGUUGUCUCCAGAGAGAAGAAUAAGAUUCUAAUCACCACCGAGAUCCCAUUCUCCAAGCGCUACAUCAAGUACCUCACCAAGAAGUACUUGACCAAGCAGCAGCUCCGUGACUUCUUGCGCGUUGUUGCCAAUAAGGAACACUCUUACGAGUUGCGCUACUUCCAGAUCAACGAGGAAGCAGAAUCCUGAACAUUUUAGACUUGUU